AUGAGCAACAGUGGUGGAUCUUCUCCGUUUCUUGAUAGGCCAAAUAUCGAGGAUUUAAGGAAAGAAGAUGAUGUAGUUAGAGAUGAAUUGAUUAAAAGUUUAGAAUAUGAGUUGAAUACUGUUCAGAAUGAGUUUGAGAUACAGAAUAUGCGGUUACAGAGGCAGUACAACCAUCUGGAAAAGCAGUACAAGUCUAAUCUGGAUACGUUGGAAAAAACGUUAAAUGACAUGCAGGAACUUCAUGUUAGGAAUGAAAGCUUAAAUAGGAACUUAUCAGAGUUGAAGAAAGAAUAUUCUGAAGUUAUCGAAGAAAAGGAAAUCCAAUUCAAGACUUUGAAUUCUGACUAUGAUGUUGUAAAGGAGGAGUGUGAAUUCUUGAGGAAUCAAUAUCAAACCAUGGCUUCAAGAGUGGGUGAUCAGGAAGAAUAUAAAAAAUUAGAAACAGAGGCUUCACAAAAUUUGAUAAAAAUGUAUGAAAAUGAAUUAAGUAAACAAAAUAAACAAAUUAUUUCAUUAAAGAAACUAGUAACCGAAAAGGAUGGUGAACUUGAAGAUUUAAAGGCCAAUGGCGUUAUUAAAACUCAUCAAAACUAUAAUACCGAAGAAUUACAAGAAUUAACAGUGGUUAACAAACUUCUGAAAGACCAACAAGUGUAUGUAAAGGAACUAGAAGAGGCUAAUAUGCAACAAGCGAACGAGCUGAAGAAGAUAAGGUUGCAAAAUGAAUCUCAUCAUUAUUGGAAGAAUGCAUUUGAAAAUUUACAAAAAGAGAAUAGUAAUUUCAAUGCAACUGUUCAAGAUUUGGAAUUAGAAAAUAUCAAAUUAAAGUCACAAUUAACUGCAUGGGAAGCAUACGGUGAUGAUGAUAAACCUGAUAAUAUUUUAAGAGAACUGAGGUUAUCUAAAGAAGAAUAUAAAAAUCUAGCUUUCGAAAAUGAGAAGUUAGUCAUAGAUAUGAAUAACAUGAAAGAAUUAAAUGAUGAAAUGGCGCAAGAACGAAACCAGCUCUUGGAGAUUCAUAGUAAUUUUGAAGUAUCUGUUUUGAAUCUAAAGAAAUUGAAUCAUGAGAUUGAGCAACAAAAAUUAUUGUCUUUUGAAGAAUGUAAAAUAUUGAGAAAACAAUUGGAUGAUUAUUUGGAGGCACCAGAAAGUAAAAUGGUUAAUAUACCCACAAAAGAGGUGAAUAAUUUGAAAAAUUUAGAAAAUAUGGUUGAUGACUAUAAAUCACAAACCGAGGAUCUAACUAACGAACUUAAGAAGUUAAAUGAUCAACUAAUGUCACAAGAGCCAGCUAAUAAGAAAAGGAAAACUAGCGAUCAAGUUACAAUCAAUUAUUCAAAACGUUUAAAUGAGCUUCAAAUAGAGAAUAUACGCAUUAACAAAGAAUUACAAAAUUCCAACAAUGUAGUUCACUUACUGGAGGAAAAAUUAAAGAAGCUAAUUAAUUUAAAGGAGAGAAAGAUUAGAAUUUUACAAUUACGUGACAGUCCCUUACUAAAGGAUCAAUUCAUAAAGAAGAAGCAAUUAGAAUUACUUAAAGCUGAAAAUGAAGAUCUACUUUCGAAUAUAAUUAACUCUUCAACAAAUGAUUCAAUUCCAAGAUCUGUAUUUGAAACCAUAAGUUUUGAAUUACAACAGAAGGAAGAAGAAAUCUUUAAAACUAAUAAGAAAUUUAUCAGACUAAAGGAAAUGUUCAAUAAGAAAUCUUUGGAAUUCAUAGAUGUGGUUAAUUCUUUAUUAGGGUUUAAAUUAGAGUUUCAACAAGAUGGUAGAGUUAAAAUAUUUUCUUGUUUCAAACCAGAUAGAUAUCUGAUGGCUGAUUUAACUAAAAAUACACUGAAAUCUAAUUUGCAAACAGAUGUAGACAAUUUUGAGGAAUUGCUACAUCUUUGGGUAGAAGAUAGAGGUCAGAUCCCUUGCUUUUUGGCAAAAAUUACUCUAUUAUUAUGGGAAUCAUCAAAUAAGUACCAAUAG